UCACAUUACAAUGGAUGAUUUUUUUACUACCCUAAAAACAAUGAAAGGUCAAAAUAUAGAAAAUUUUAAGCAAAUUAUUAGCAUUGAUGAACAAACAGCUCCAAUAGAUCCAAAAGAGGUUGCAACAUACAUUUCGGAUAAUAUUCUUGUGGCUAUAAACUUCAAGUUCAAUUAUAAAGACAAACUCCCAAUGAGAUCGGAACAUAUAUCAAAAUUUAGAUACCACUGUGUGCAAUUACUUGAUAGGCAAAAAAAACCAAAAAAGCAUGAAGAUCCUACCAAACAUAGAGAUCAUUUGCCAAUGCAAAGGUUUCAUUGUAGAGGCUGGCUAACGCUUACUAUAGACACAGAAAAAAACCAAAUUGAGGUUGAAUUAGUUCACGAAUAUCACGCUGAAUAUGCUGAU